AUGUCGCAAACAGUUGGCAAGACCCGCCUUGCCUACUCCCGCGCAUGGCACUAUGUUGAUGCUGGCUCUGAUGGCCGGUCUCUUGGCCGUCUAGCCUCCUCAAUUGCCCUCGUCCUGAUGGGCAAGCACAAGCCAAUUUACGAUCCCUCGACCGACUGCGGUGACUACGUCGUGGUUGCCGGCUGCCAUGAUUUGCACACCACCGGCAAGAAGCGUUUCCAAAAGAUGUACUACUCUCACAACACACGCCCGGGUAGCUUGAAGAGCAUGACAAUGGACCAAAUGUUUGCCAAAUGGGGCGGUGGCGAGGUCCUCCGCCGCGCUGUUAAGGGAAUGCUGCCGAAGAACCGACUUCAAGAGCCUCGAUUGGCUCGACUUAAGACUUUCGAGGGUCUUGCCCAUCCUUACAAACAAAACAUCGUCAAGUUCGGUAACGAGUCCGUUCUGGGUGCCAACCGAGAGAUCACAGAAGCUUUCAAGCAGGCCAAGGAGUCUUCU